AUGUGGUUGAGAAAGUCAUGUCUACGGGUGAACUUGAGCUUGGGGGAUGUAGAGGGCAGUGAGAAGGGUGGAAAUCUGGCGGAUGCAGAGGGCAGUGAGAAGGGUGGAAAUUCGGCGGAGCGGUGGAGAAGAGUGGAAGUUUCGCGGAAACUGGUGGAUUUGCGACUGCGGCUACGAUACAAUACUACGACGAGGGCGAAGACGACCGUUUACAACAAGACUUUCGAGAAUCACGUACCACAUGAUACGUGGACUUCCGGAGCUGGAUUACGGCCGGGAGAGCAGAAGCUGUCAACCUUUCGGAACUACCCUACCCCACGUGACGAGAAGGAGUUCAAUCGGUUCAUCGGGGGUUUGGUGUUUGCGAGAGCGGUUAUACGUGAGGUGACUGUCGAGGGCGAUCAUGUGAGUGGUGAGGAUGUUGAGGAUGUUGAGAAGAGCGAGGAUGUUGAGAAGAGCGAGGAUGCUGAGAAGAGCGGGGACGAGGAUGGGAUUGGGAAGGACGAGGAUGGGCCCGCUGCUGCGGUUCAGAACCGCGAGGGGCCGGAUCAGAUCCAGGAAGCUUUCGGAGAAGCACUGGAUUUCCCGACGGAAUGGAGGCCCAUUUCCAGCUUGCGGGACAUCGAUACGCCACAGGGAGACAUCCCACAAUAG